UCCAGCCAAUUGGAGCCCAGGUUUUCCCAUCCAGCUCCUGCAGCCGCCUUUGACUCCGCCCCUCUCCUCCAGGAGCCAGCCGGGGUAAUCCUGCAACCGGCCCCUCUGUCCCUGCCCCCUCCCCCAUCUCCUGCCCUUUGCAAUGAAAGCCCCUGUUAACUCCUCUCCCCUUUCGCAGGCGGCCCGAGUCAGUGCAAAAUGCUGGGCAUGUACGUGCCGGACAGGUUUGCCCUGAAGUCGUCUAAAGUUCAGGACGGGAUGGGGCUCUAUACGGCCCGGAGAGUGAAAAAGGGUGAAAAAUUUGGCCCGUUUGCAGGAGAAAAGCGAAUGCCUCAAGAACUGGAUGAAAACACAGACUGCAGACUGAUGUGGGAGGUUCGAGGGAGUAAAGGCGAGGUCCUUUAUGUUCUGGAUGCUAGCAAUCCACGAUAUUCUAACUGGCUGCGUUUUGUCCAUGAGGCACCAUCACAGGCACAAAAGAACCUGGCUGCCAUCCAGGAAGGUGAAAACAUUUUCUAUCUCGCUGUUGAAGAUAUUGAAACGGAUACAGAGCUGCUGAUUGGCUACCUUGAUAGUGAUAUGGAAGAAGCGGAGGAGGAGGAGGAGGAGGAGGAGGAACUGAUCCUUAACCAAGAAGAUGAAGACAAUACUACUACUAAUAAUAAUAGUAACAACAGCAAUAAAGAACUACAACAAGCUGGUGAGAAAGAUUCUCUCAGCUGCAAAGAGGACCAUACAUGUCCAAAUUGUGAAUCCAGUUUUGCCAGCCAGGAGAUCCUAGCUGAACACCUUCAGACGCUGCACCAAAAACCUAGUGAGGAAAAGGAAUUUAAGUGCAGGAACUGUGGAAAGAAAUUCCCAGUUAAACAAGCCUUACAAAGACAUGUCCUUCAGUGCACAGAGAAUGUCAAUCCAGGAGACACGUCGAGAAGUUUUCAGUGUUCUGUUUGCAAUACGUCCUUCAGCUCAGAGUCGAGUUAUGAGCAGCACAAAGAAGCAUGCAGAGGGGAUGCUAGAUUCAUAUGCAAGGCUGAUAGCUGCGGGAAGAGGUUCAAGAGUAAGGACGCUCUGAAAAAGCACAAGGAAAAUGUUCACACUGGAAAUUUUAGGAAGAAGUUGGUGUGCUCUGUGUGCAAUAAGAAGUGUUCCUCAGCUACAAAUCUUCAAGAGCAUCGAAAGGUUCAUGAGAUCUUUGAGUGUCAGGAAUGUGACAAGAAAUUUAUUUCAGCUAACCAGCUAAAACGUCAUAUGAUAACUCACUCAGAAAAACGCCCCUACACCUGCGAGGUUUGCAAUAAGUCCUUCAAACGACUUGACCAAGUGACUGCACACAAAAUAAUACACAGUGAAGAUAAACCUUAUAAAUGCAAGCUUUGUGGAAAGGGAUUUGCCCACAGAAAUGUUUACAAGAAUCACAAGAAGGUACAGCACAGACAGCAGCACUGCAAGCUUCCCCCCAGUGUCUCAUCAAUAUGUCUCAACCCUGUUCUGGAGGAACCACCUAUUGAGACCCACUCUGAAGAGAGACCAUUCCAGUGUGAGGAAUGCAAGGCUUUGUUCCGCACCCCAUUCUCUCUGCAGAGACACCUACUAAUACAUAACAGUGAGAGGACCUUCAAGUGUGAUCACUGUGAUGCUACUUUCAAAAGGAAGGACACGUUAAAUGUUCACAUCCAAGUUGUGCAUGAUGGACAUAAGAAAUAUAAAUGUGAUCUGUGUGACAAAGCCUUUGUUACACCUUCAGUGCUUAAGAGUCAUAAAAAACACUCCUAUCUACCAGUCCAUAGAGCGGCAUUGGUGUCAGCUUUAGAAGAGGCCACUUGCUCACCUUCCUGGCCAGAGACACACACAGGGGAAAAGGAGAAAAUUUGCCCGUAUUGUGGACAGAAGUUUGCAAGCAAUGGAACAUUAAGAGUUCAUAUUCGGAGUCAUACAGGAAUAUGGCUGUCCUUGAAGACAAAGUUGACAUAGUUCAGAGAAAAGAUUUUUUUUUAACCAAAAAUAUUUUUUCUUCCUUACAUUGCCAUCCCACAAGGAACUCUUUCACCUUUUAGUUUUCCUAUAUUUUUGAAUACUGGACAUGAGAAUUAUGAGUAAUUUACUGCUUUUCCGAAAUACUGUUGUCCACAAUCUCACAGUGUUCAGGAAAUUUCAAUAUAUUACUCCGGUUCUUCAUUAAAAACUCUGGAUUCCCACUCCCCAGUUUGUUGAACGUAAAAUCUUUUCACCUGCAUGGCUGCAUAAAUCAUUAUUUGCCUUGCUUGGUAUAGGUAGAUUAUCAUAGAUUAUCUGUGUGUUCCAGCCCCAUCUUUUAGAUGAAGUGCUUUAGUUUUCUCUCCUCACAAUCCUAUUAUGCUUUUUAAAAUUUCUGUUGUAGACUAUUGUUUGUUCUUGAACGCCACACCUUCCCUGUUUCUAUGAACUACAGAUGUUAGACUUCAUUUCUCAAGUGUAAAGCAGUGUUAGUUACUUUCAAAUCAGACAAUAGAUCUCUUUUGAACAGAGGGGAUUUUAUAGCUGUCAGAUUGAAAAUUCUAUUUACAUGUACAGCAUUAUCCAUGACACUUAACGCUUUGGCUCCUUCAAGCAUUAUUUCUCAAACUUUGAGAAAAGGGUUCAUGAACCCAGUCCUUGCAAGACCUCUAAUGGGAACUAUGAUAAAACAACAAUUUGGAGCCAUAACUGUACCAGAAACAAUAACUACGAUAUUUUAGGAGGCUUACUUGAAUCAUAAAGGAGUGCAAAAAAAAGUA